AUUACUACGGAAUCACACUGAACAGAAGAAGAGGGGGCCUCAAAACCCUAACACUAAACCCCUAAUCGGAAAAUACUGAAUUUCAGAGGAAAGGAAAUUACUACUCAAUAAUGGCGUUCAGGUCAAGGGAAAUGAUGAAGAAAAUUGUGAAGAAAAUCGGCGGAGAACAGAAUUUAGCGCCGGGGGUAAAAGAUCAGCUGAAGAAAGCGAUGCCGGAUAGCAGAGUCGUAAUGGGCCGAGCUCAGCGCGGACUUUUCGCCGGCCGUCAUAUCCAGUUCGGCAAUCGCGUCAGUGAAGACGGUGGCAACAAGUCGAGGAGGCACUGGAAACCGAACGUGCAGGAGAAGAGGCUUUUCAGCUACGUCUUGGACAGGCAGGUUCGAGUCAAAGUAACCACGCACGCACUGCGGUGCAUAGACAAGGCGGGCGGAUUCGACGAGUACUUGCUCAAGACACCGUACCAUAAAAUGGAUACUGAAAUGGGACUUUACUGGAAAACAAAGAUCGAGAAAAUGUACGAAGACCUCGGUGAAAUGGAGGUUGUUUUCUUUUCUCCAGAGGACGAGUCCAAUUUAGAGAAGCAAUUCGGAGAACUCAAAUUGGAGAAAAAGGCUGCACGAAGAGAAAUCCGGAGGAAGAUGUACGGUACCACUUCCAAACAAGACUCGAUCAACGAUGAGGCGGAGUUUGCGGGACCCACCGAAGGUGCUCCGAAAAGUGAAGACGAUGACGAACCUCUCGUGGCCAAUGCCUGAUUUUUGCGUAUGCUCUAAUCUCGAUUUUAUUUUAUUCUAGAAAUUUACCAAUUACGGUUUUGGUGGCUGAUAUCUGUUAAGACUAUGAAAAUGUAUGGUGGUUCUUUUUAAUUUUUUUUUUUAAUGUUUUUAGUUUCUUGUACAUUUAUGGUUGAACUUUUUGAAACUGGAAAACUUGUAUGCUGCAAGAUUCUUGCAAGUGCUACUUUACAUAUGAUUAUCAGUGCCAACAACUAUUUCCCCUUAAUUAAGGCCUCGUUUGG